AUGCCUGUUGACACGAACAAUCUCGACGGAGAAACGGGAGGCCCGGACGCGGGCGUCGACGCCGCGACGUGCACGACCACCGGCGGCGGCGGCGGCGGAGAAGACGAGAAAGUCGCGGCGUUCCUGGCGCGGUGCGGAUUGAAGCCCUCUACUGUCGCCGCGGCGCACGAUUUUGCCGGGACAAAGUUCCCCGGGUGCGAGGUCGCGCCGGCGCCGUUCCAAGGGUACUGCUCGUACACGCUGCUCCUCCUGCCGCCGACGCCCGGCGGAAGACGACGGGACAGCGGGGUCGAGGCCGGCGAUGGGAGCAGCAACGGCGGCGGCGGCGGCGGCAGCGGGAAGGGCUUCCCCGCUGGCGUCGAGAAGGGGAGCAACCUGCUGGUGCAGUUCCGGCCGGGGAGGCACGGCAUCGACGUCGGGGUCUGUGCGGAGGCGAGGGGCGUGUUUGGUAGCGGGAUCGUGCCUGGCGUCGAAGAUUUGGGCGCGCUGACGGGGCUGGAGACGGUGGGCGCGGGGCGCGGGGACGACGGGGAGCUGCGCGCAUAUGCGUUGGAGAGAGUUGGCGGCGUCUCGCUGACGGAAUUCCGGGGGCUGUCUGCGGCGCUGGGGAUGGAUCCGCGGGCGUGCAGGAGGCGGGUCGUGGCGGAUCUGGCCAUUGUGUUUGCCGACUCGUGGCGGGGCCGGCGGGAGCGGCGGGACGUCGCCAAGGGCAAGGUCGGCGGGAGUCUGAGGUGGAGGGUGGAGGUUCUGGCGAAGGGCCUCCCGAAGGAUCUUCGCGGGGUUGCGAGGGGGGCGAUGGAGGAGUUGGAGGAGGUCGAGGGGCUGCUGCCGUGGGUUGUCACGCACGGGGACCUGGUGCCGGAUAACAUCUUGGUCCACCCACCCUGCGAGGACGUCGACGACGGGGCGAGAGGGUGGAACGGGAGGAGGCAGAGGGAGAUGAGGGAGAGGGCCGGCGGGUUGGUCGGGUUGAUUGACUGGGCUGAAGCGGAGUGGCUGCCGUUCGGGGUGGGCAUGUACGGCCUCGAGGAGGUCUUGGGGGAAGACGUGCCCGUCGAAGACGAUGGUCCCAAGUCGGGGGGCAGCAACGCCACCAGCGCCAGCGGCGGGCCGGCCGCGACCAGAUUCGAAUACUACCCCGAGGCGAACGCCCUCCGGAACCUCUUCUGGGACGAGGUCGGCCGGGUCGUGGGCGACGACGACGUCAUACGUCGGGCGAGGCUGGCGCAGGUUCUCGGGGUGCUGCUGUGGAGGGGCAUCGCGUUUGACGACGGCGCGCUGGGGAGGGUCGUCGACGAGAGGGACUGGUGGGACUUGCAGAGGUUGAGGGUCUGGUUGUUUGGAGACGGGGGGCUCGGACUCGCGGGCAGCAAGGAGGAGGAGAGGGAGGUUCAGGGGCGCAGGCGGAGGUGGUUGAGCAAGGUUUGGCGGCUGGUGAGAAGAUGUUUCAAGGCCUUUUGA